GAGCAGACGUGGCGUAGUAAGGGUGGGACUGAGAUACAGUGCUGAUUAUAGGAAGCUGUAAAAGAAAAAAAAGAAAAACUCCAGUACCUCCACACCUUUCUACAGCUGCCAGAGCUUUCUGCUACAGGUAAAAAAAAACCAUGGAUCCUGAUUACUUCAAAUCAUACGAUAUGUGUUGGGGUACCCUUGGAACAGUGCGACCAUUCUCCAAUUUCCACCCUGACAGAGAUGUUACGGAGAUCCAGGCGUCGCUGGAAAAGAAAGAUGCUGUGACCCUGGUGAGAAUCCUAACCAAUCGUAGCAACGCUCAGAGACAAGUUAUCGCCAGUACCUUUGAGGAGAUAACACACAAGGACCUGGCAGGUGGUUUGAAGAAAGCUCUGUCUGGAGAUCUGGAAGUUCUGCUGCUGGAGCUGCUGAUGCCACCUCUGCAGUAUGAGGCUCAGCGCCUGCAGCAGGCCAUGUCGGGUAUAGGCACGGAUGAGGAAACACUAAUGGAGAUCCUGUGCACACGAUCUGGAAAGCAGCUUCAAGAAAUCAGUGCCACAUACAAACAAUUGUACAGGAAGGACCUGGAGAAGGAAAUGAAAGGAGAAACCAGUGGAGACUUUGCUAAGCUUGUCAUGGCUUUGCUAAAUAAAGAAAAUGUUGUUGGUGGAGUUCAAAGAGACAUUGAGUCGCUCUCUGCAUCACUAAAUGGGAAAAAAGCUGAUGCAGGACCAUGGAUUGACAUACUGACCUCUAGAGACUCAGACCAUCUGAACAAAGUGCUGAUGGGACUGGAGCUGGAGAGCGGACAGAUGGUGGUUGAGGCUGUGGAGAAGAAAUUCUCAGGAGACAUUCGACUGGGUUUGAAAGUUUUAGUGCAGUGCAUUCAAAGCCCUGAUGUUUACCUCGCUAAAAGAAUAACGACCAUGAAGACACCAAUUGUGCAAGGGAUUAUGGUGUCUCACUCUGAGGAAGAUCUGCUGUGUAUCCGAGCUGCCUACAUUAAGUUAACAGGCACUUCUCUCUACACUGCUCUACAGAAACACUUCAAAGGAGACCAUCUACAGGCUCUGCUGGCCAUCUGUCGAUCUGAAGACUAAACAAAAGCUACAAAUUUUAUGAUGUGCAAAAAUAAACUACAUGUCCCAUUGCUGCUAAACAUAUUUUAUGGAAUCUCAUUUAAUUGCCUGCUCUGUGUAUGCUUGCUUUAAAGACUUAUACAAAUACAUGCAACUAA